AGCGUUCGAAGUGUCACUUAGGUUCGAAAAAAUUGUAACAAAAAUGGCCGUUCAAAAUGAUCUACAUCGGUUUUUAAUGUGGUUUCUUUGAUUUAAUUAUUUUUACAAAUAUGUUACAUCUCCAAUUGUCCAAUUGUCGUGUGCUACCAUUGUAAAUAGUUUAUGAUAUCGUUUGUCGCGGCCAUCAGUUAAUCGCAAUCGGACAAUAGAAAGGAUCUUCGUUUCUGCAACAGCACACAGCAAUAUAUAUGUAUUAUUUUAUUGGUUCUUUUCAAAAUAAAUCGCAGAGGAAAACAAGUUGUGUGCAGAAGGCUAUUUUAGUUGUGUCAUUUAAGCAAAAAAGUGAAAAUAUUUCGUGUAUGUUAAAUGGUGUUUUGUGUUGAUAUUAAGUGGCUUUACUGCAACAAUGAACAAAUUGGAGUACCGUCGUGGUACAAGCAAAAUAAGAAUCACAAUUUUAUGUGCAAGGAACCUCGCUCGCAAAGAUUUAUUUCGUCUGCCAGAUAGUUUUGCAAAGGUUGUUGUCGAUGGUACGGGGCAAGUGUUUACCACAGAGCCUUGUAAGGCGUCCCUAGAUCCGAAAUGGAAUGUUCAUUACGACCUAUUUUUGGGACGUAAUGACGGCAUAACGAUAUCAGUAUGGAAUGAACGAAAGGUGCACAAAAAACAUGGAGGCGGUUUCUUAGGAUGUGUUCGAAUUUUAGCCAGCACAAUUCAACGAUUGAAAGAUACCGGAUAUCAACGACUGGAACUGUGCAAAUCAAGUCCGGACGAUGCAGAUCCUGUUAAGGGACAGCUGAUAAUAUCAUUAACAUCAAAAGAUGGACCGUCUGGUGGCAAUCCAGUGGCUAUAGUUGGACCUGGUGGCGACGUACAUGGACCCACAGAACUCGAAGCUGCAGCGACUGAUGGAUUACCGGACGGGUGGGAAGAGCGUAAGACUAGCAUCGGUAGAAGUUAUUAUGUUAACCAUGUGACGAAAUCCACACAAUGGGAUAAACCAACUCAACCAGCCACCCAAGCCAAUGGUCAUCACGAUGACAUUCAACCAGCUGGAACGUCAAGAUCGUCGACUUCAACUAGUUUGGCUAAUGGAAAUAACGAAUCGAUUAGUAGAAGACAUUCGACAGAAGUUCUGUUGAAUUUGAUGAAAGAUAAUUGCAGCCCCAGUCGGUUUAAGGAAGACCAACAAAGAUCCAGCACCGGCCGACACAACAUAUCAAAUGACAAUGCUGCGUCAGAUGUACCAAGUCCGAUUAGUCCAAAUAAUCCCCAAAGUGCCGUUGCCAGUCCCGUUUCUAUAGCUAUCGAAAGUGAUCUGUCGCGAACAACAUGUGCAACACGGUUAGCUAACGUAACAUCAACUGAUCAGCCAAUAACAACCCUGACCUCGGCUAUCGGCUCAAUUGCAUUGGAUUCACCCCAACGGUCGGCAAGCACACCUAAUGUUCCCAAACAACACAGCUCAACAACAAAUGCCACUAGUGUUCAAGAUGUGAAUGGAUCGAAUGACUCUGGGUCCAGAAACAUUGAUUUAUCGAGGGAAUCUCCUUCCGCACAAAUGCAGCGCACUCGUAGAUCGUCGAGAACUCUGGAAGAAUCAUCGAGGCGACGAACUAGAAAUUCACGAACACCAACAUCGUGUCCACAAACGGCAAGUCGAAGUGCCGGUGGAUCAUCGAUUAGACCGACCUUAGAUCUACCAGUUGGUUAUGAAAUGCGCACAACACCCCAGGGUCAAGUCUAUUUUUAUCAUAUUCCUACAGGCGUCUCAACUUGGCACGAUCCUCGGAUUCCCAGAGACUUCGAUCCACAAAAUUUGGCUCUUGAUACAUUGGGCCCACUACCAACUGGAUGGGAACAACGAAAAACUGCUUCAGGUCGUGUGUACUACGUGGACCACAACAAUCGUACCACACAAUUCACCGAUCCCCGUCUAAAUGGUCACAUAAUCAAUCAACUAAAACGACAAAAUCAAACAAACUCCAACAAUUCCACGACAAUCACAACCAAUGGCACGCCAAACAACCGAAACAUAUCGAACGAAACACGCACAAUUCAACCGCACGUUGUACCGUCAGACUUACCGCAAGGACUGCUUGAGGGUGCCGAUUUGUUGCCUAAAUACCGCAGAGAUUUAGUCAGUAAAAUACGUGCUCUCCGUGCCGAUCUGCAAGCAUUACAACCGCAAUCGGGCCAUUGUCGCUUAGAGGUGUCUAGGGCGGAAAUUUUCGAAGAGAGUUACAGAGUGAUUAUGAAAAUGCGUCCGAAGGAAAUGAGGAAAAGACUUAUGGUUAAAUUUCGCGGCGAAGAGGGACUGGAUUAUGGUGGUGUGGCACGCGAGUGGCUACAUUUGCUAUCUAGGGAAAUGCUCAAUCCGCAAUAUGGAUUGUUUCAGUACAGUCGAGACGAUCAUUACACAUUGCAAAUCAAUACCGAUUCAGGCGUAAAUCCGGACCAUUUAACGUAUUUUCAUUUCGUUGGACGAAUAUUGGGCAUUGCUGUUUUUCACGGUCACUGUUUGGAUGGAGGAUUUACGACACCUUUCUACAAACAAUUGUUGAAUAAGCCAAUUACAUUGAGUGACAUCGAAGGUGUCGAUCCCGACUUGCAUCGCAGCUUAACUUGGAUGCUAGAGAACAAUAUUAACGGAAUCAUCGAUUCAACAUUUAGCGUGGAAAACAAUAGUUUUGGAGUGCUGAAAGUUCACGAAUUGAAACCGGCUGGUGCAACGAUGACUGUGACGGAGGAAAAUAAACGAGAAUAUGUGAAACUGUACGUAAAUUACAGAUUUAUGCGCGGUAUAGAGCAACAAUUUUUGGCAUUACAAAAAGGUUUCUGUGAGCUCAUACCUAAUCAGUUCUUGCGCCCAUUCGAUGAACGAGAAUUAGAACUUGUGAUUGGUGGCAUCAGCAGCAUCGAUGUAGUUGACUGGAAAACGCACACUAGACUUAAGCACUGCACACCUGAUACGCCACAAGUUCAAUGGUUCUGGCAGAUCGUUGAAUCGUAUUCAUCUGAAAUGAGAGCUCGUCUGCUGCAAUUCGUAACCGGUUCAUCGCGCGUACCAAUUCAAGGUUUUCGAGCUUUACAAGGAUCGACUGGUGCAAAUGGUCCAAGACUGUUUACCAUCCAUUUGACCGCCGACGUACCAACGCAAAAUCUACCAAAGGCGCACACAUGUUUCAACCGUAUCGAUCUGCCACCGUACGAAACACAUCAAUUGUUAAAUGACAAACUGACUCAGGCAGUGGAAGAAACGUGUGGAUUUGCGGUUGAAUGAAAGUUUUCCUCCUUAUUUCAUGUUUUUCUUUCUCUUUUUCGAUUUAUUAUGAUUUUGUAUGUGACAAGAAUUAUAUUAUGGGAGAAAUCAUUAAUUAUUAUUAUUAUAAAAUUUAAUUAUUAUAUCAAAAAUGUUGUUCGAAGAACUGCCAACUGAGAAAAAA